CAUCGAUCGGGCAUAUGACAGACAAUCUAAUCCUUCUGAUCGAGUUAAUAGUUAAUAUCGGAUGAAGCUGGAUAGACCUGAUCAACGUAUCGAACUCUUCAAAUAUCCAUCUUGCUACUAUCCCCUUUCGAUUAAUACUUUGUUCCUGUCGCCAGACGCUCAUGGCAAAACCUCCCCACCGCCCAUACAAUUAACUGUUAGGCUCCCGCAAUCGAUGAUCAACGACUAUCGUACAAGUUACAUGCCAACUCCUUGAUUAACUCCCCCCUCAACACUUCAAGCUCCUUCAUUGAUAGCAGGACAAUACCCUGUAUUUUCAUAUUUUAUAUCUUCCACCGAUAUCUCCAUGUCGGACAUCCUUUAUGAUGCACCGCCUGGUGCGUCUUCGCCCAGGGAUCCCGAUGCGCCACCUUUAAGUGCUGGUCGUUCGUCGGCCGGUCAGUCUGGGGGAGUCGAUGCCCACCCAGUGCCCCCGCCGAUUUCAGAUGAGGUGAAGGCUCGUUUGGACAAGGUCGUCUACUCAGAUAUCGGCAUUACCACACUCCUGACCCGCCUGAAGCAAAGCGUCGCUUCCGCCAAAGAUUUCUCUUCAUUCCUGAAAAAGAGGGCCUCCCUGGAGGAGGAACAUGCUCAGGGGCUUAGGAAACUGUCCCGUUCUCUCCAUGACGCCGCGCAUCGCUCCGAGAACCGUCAGGGCACUUACGGUCAGAGCUACAAUGAACUCAAUGGGUUCCACGACCGUAUGGCCGACCAUGGCUCCCAAUUCGCCGUGUCGCUUCAGCAGAUGGCCGAUGACCUUAACGAGCUCGCAUCGAACAUCGAACGGGGUCGCAAGCAGUGGAAGCAGACUGGCCUGAGUGCGGAGAAAAGAGUUUUGGAGGCAGAGUCAGCGGCGGAGAAGGCCAAGGCUAAAUAUGAAUCAUUCGCGGAGCAAUAUGACCGGGUGAAGACCGGAGACAAACAAGGCGGCAAGUUCGGGUUGAAAGGCCCCAAAUCGGCUGCCCAGCAUGAAGAGGAAUUGCUACGAAAGGUGCAGAAUGCAGACAGCGACUAUGCAUCCAAGGUGUUGGCUGCACAGGCAGCACGACAGGAAUUGAUUUCCACUCAUCGACCUCAAACAGUCCACAGUCUUCAGCAAUUGAUAGCGGAGUGCGACUCUGGUCUUACGUUGCAGCUGCAAAAAUUUGCAACGUUCAACGAGAAACUUCUCCUCGGCCAGGCACUCUCCAUCAGCCCAAUGAAGGAAGCGGGAAGCAAUGCUGGACCUAAAAGCCUCUAUGAGGUCGUGCAGCAGAUUGAUAACGAAAAAGACUUCCAUGAUUACGUUCUUAGCCAUUCAAACAGCCCAGGGGCAGUGACUUCGGAGCAAAUUGAAUAUAAACGUCAUCCGACACUCGCAGGGUCAUCUGGUGCUGUUGUUCCGGCGUCUCAGACAAGUACACAGAACAAGCGGCAGUCUACCAUGCUACCUUUAUCUUUCUCCCAACAGAAUAUCUCCCCUCCUCAGCCGUCCUCUCAGCCAUCAGCACCCGCACCCGCGCCUGCACCUGCACCUGCACCUGCACCUGCACCUGUGCAGAACCAGAACACUGAUCGGGCACCGCAGUUACCAUACCCGCAGAAGUCGGAUGCAUUCGCAUCGCCACCACCGUUCCAACCCCCCUACCCUGUUUCAGGACCACCUCCAGAGCAGCAUCCUCUGCCUCAACUGGCUUUGGGGGCUCCCAGUGGCCCGCCGCCGCCUAGCAAUGGCUUCCACUCACAUCUACCACCGCUGAAGCCAGUAUUUGGAGUUUCCUUGGAAGACCUGUAUGCUAGAGAUGGAACUGCUGUCCCCAUGAUUGUAUACCAGUGCUUCCAGGCCCUGGAAAUCUUUGGAUUGGAUGUGGAGGGCAUUUAUCGGCUUUCGGGUAGCGCUACUCAUAUCAACCACAUGAAAUCACUUUUUGACAACGACUCAUCACAAGUCGAUUUCACUAACCCAGAGAACUUCUACCAUGACGUGAACAGCGUUGCGGGAAUACUGAAGCAAUUCUUCCGGGACCUACCCGAUCCUUUGUUCACUUCGCAAUACUAUUCGGACUUUAUCAACGCAGCCCGCAUUGAUGACGACAUCCAACGCCGAGAUUCAUUGCAUGCUCUCGUGAACAACCUACCAGAUGCCCAUUAUGCUACGUUGAGAGCCUUAGUAUUGCAUCUCAACAAGGUCCAAGAACACUACAGCCAAAACCGUAUGAAUGCUGGGAACAUUGCCAUUUGUUUCGGACCUACCCUUAUGGGAGCCAGUUCCGGUGGUAAUAUCGCAGACGCCGGCUGGCAAGUCCGGGUCAUUGAGACGGUCCUGGUCAAUACAUUCCAAAUCUUCGAUGACGAUUAAAUGCGCGUAGUUACCGUGGUGUUUUGAUAUUCGACGCCGGGUAUUGCGCAGAAUUUCGUUCACAUCCGAAGGAAUUCCUGAGCUCUCAUGACGAUUUCUUCGAUUGUAUAUGCCCCUUCCCCUGUGUUCUGUACUUUUUUCUUCUUGCUCCUUUUAUUUUCCCAACAUGUAAAUAGUAUCGCUUGCUUUGGGCCAGUAUAUUCCGUGGACGAGACAUAUACCGCU